UCUGUCAUCUACCUAAACUUAUGUAAGGUCCAUUCUUAAUAAUAUGAUGAUAAAGAUUGGCCCAUUGACCAAUCAUAUAAAAAGAGUCGCACGCACAUACGUUCUCUCUUAUUGUCUUAGUAUAUCUUUUACAUGCUUUGUCGUCACUUCUCGUCACUUCUCAGUUAGCUGACAAAGUAGGAGGCCGCAACCUAAUCUAAGCUUAACGAAAGAGAGCACGAGAGAGACUGUAAGAACUUCUUCUUCUACAGAAAAGCUACAGCAAAACUCCACCAUCAAGUUAUAUAUUAGAUAAAUUGCGCCAAUAUUAAUUACCGCAUCACUCUGUAGUUUUUGGGAUAUUUCGCAUUCUAUAUUUUGAGAAGAAACCGUUGCGUAAAAUUCUGCUGAACGCAAUUGUAUUAAUAGAUACUGUACGUUACGAUACUGUAGCUCUCGCACCACAUUAAAAAUGCGCUUCUCUUGCCCCAAUCUACCAAUCUAGCUGGUUGUGGCUCUCCAGAUAAACAGAACGGUGUUGGAACUUUGUCUGUAAAAAUUAAAAAAUAUCAGUAAAAAAUAUAAAUAUGACUACAAUAAUAAUGAUUCUGUUUAUCAUAACAGUUUUGCUACUUGGUGUAAAAUUGCGACAUACGCACACACAAAAACGACGAAAUUAUCCACCAGGUCCUUUUUCUUGGCCACUGAUCGGAAAUCUGUUUUAUGUGCGCAAACUGACCAAAGAACUCGGUGCGCAAUAUCUUGCUUUUGAUUAUCUCAGCAAGAAAUACAAGAGUAAUGUAAUAAAUUUGCAAUUGGGUGCUAAUGUAGUGGUUAUCAAUGAUUCCAAGCUUAUGCACAAUUUGAUGCAAAAAGACGAGUUUAAUGCUCGUCCGUGGAACACAAUGUCCAAGCUGCGAAACAUGGGAAUGAAGAAGGGUCUCACGAUGAACGUCGGUUCCGAGCACAAAGAAUUGCGCGCGUGGUCUUUACGUACAAUGCGACACAUCGGAUACGGCCAACGGACGAUGAAUGAUUUUCUUCUGAACCAACUUCAAAUCAUCUUAGACAAAUUGAAAGAGGGAAAUGUACGAUGUAUGAAACCUGUAAUCGCACCUGCCACAAUCAACACGCUCUGGUUGUUGAUCGCGGGAAAACAGAUUUUUGACAGCGACAAAAGGUUGCAGUCAUUUUUGCAUCUAAUGGAAUGUCGCGCGAAAGUGUUCGACAUGUCCGGUGGAAUUAUGUCGUCAUUCCCCUGGUUAUGUUACAUCGCACCCAAUAUGACAGGAUACAACAUUUUAUUGGAAUUGAAUGAAAAGCUCAGGGAUCUUUUAAUGGACUUUAUUAAUAAACACAAAGAGCGAUAUCAGUACGGAAGCGAGACGGACUUUAUCGAUUGGUUUCUUCGCGAGAUGUCGGAGCACGGGGGGGACAAGAAUGACUCUGUGUUCGAGGAUAACAAUCUGCUUCUCAUCUUGGUGGACUUUUUUAUCGCCGGAAUUGGCACGACGACGCCGGCUUUAGAGUUCCUUUUUUUAGAAAUGGCCAAUCACCAGGAUGCACAGCUCAAACUGCACGAGGAAAUCGAUCGAGUGAUCGGUCCCGACAGAUUUCCCGAUACGACCGACAGGAGUAAAAUGAAUUAUACCGAGGCUGUGAUAACCGAGUGCAUUAGAAAAUGGAUGAUUAUCCCGGUGAUUAGUCGAGAAACAAUGGUGGACACAACAAUCGAAAAUUACAAAGUACCGCGAGGUACCACAGUAUUGUUUAACAUAGCUUCAAACAAUCGCAACGCGUUGCUAUUUCCCGAUCCUAUGUCGUUUAAACCCGAAAGAUUUCUAAGGGAUGGCAUUUUUCAAAUAGAUGAUAACCUAUUGCCAUUCGGAAAAGGGAAACGACGAUGUCCUGGAGAAAUUCUCGCUAGAUCGGCGCUAUUUUUCUUUUUUAUUGGCGUGAUGCAAAAGUAUCGAGUCCUUCCGCCAAACAAUCAAGACUUUAUCAAAAUAGAAGUAAACGCAGGAUUGACGAUAAAUCCGAAGCCUUAUAAAAUUCUAAUCGUUCCACGAUAACUUUGUUUAGAUUGAACGAAUGAAUAAUAAUGCUAUGAAUCUAAGUCUUCAAAACAUUCUUAACAUAUGUCGAAUUUUUAGAUGAAAAAGUCUUUGAUGCCGACAUUAUAAGUGUUAA